GUACAAUUUGAAUUGGUGGUGCAUCGAUUAAAUGCAAAUUGCAGCGUAUUAAAUUGAUAAGCAGCUUAAAAAAGGUGAAAGCCAUAAAUACGGCAUUACCUGCUUUCCCUCUGCAAGAAAGCAAACCACAUCUCAUCUCAAUCUUAAUAUAUGCAGCACACCACCACCUACCCCGCCGGAAUCCGCCGGAAAAUCGUAAUCCGGUGGAGGUUAAUAGAGAAGGCGGCCCUAUUCCGGCAGUUCUUCAGAAGAAUUCUUGUGUGUUCGCUAAGGAUGCCUAAUCCCCGCUACAGAAGACUCACUUCUCCGCCGUCAUCGGAGUCCGCCGGCGGAAGCCAAGAAGACGCCGCCGCGACGUCGUCCAGUAGCUGUUGUGAGAGCGACUCCGAUUUGGUCUCGUUGAAGAUCACUAUGCUGGGUGAUCCCCAGAUUGGAAAAACAACCUUUCUGGUUAAGUAUGUGGGAGAUGAAGAGGAGAAGAGAAGCUUGCAGAUGAAAGGGGUGAAUGUAAUGGAUAAAACUAUGUGCAUUCAUGGUGCCAGAAUUGCUCUCACUAUAUGGGAUGUUGGAGGUGAGAAAAGGUCAUUUGAUCAAGUUCCAAUUGCCUGCAAAAAUGCCGUAGCCAUUUUAUUUAUGUUUGAUCUCACCAGUCGACGCACACUCAACAGCAUAAUUGGAUGGUACAGUGAAGCAAGGAAGUGGAAUAAGACGGCAGUUCCAAUAGUAAUAGGGACCAAAUUUGAUGAUUUCAUGCAGCUUCCACCCGACAUUCAAUGGACUGUCGUCACGCAGGCUCGAAGAUAUGCAAAGGCAAUGAAUGCAGCCAUAUUCUUUUCAAGUGCAAAACAUAAUAUAAAUGUGAACAAGCUAUUCAAGUUUAUCAUGGCUAAGCUUUUUAACUUGCCUUGGACUCUCCACAGAAAUUUGACUAUUGGUGAACCCAUUAUUGACUUUUAAUUCUUUUAUUAUUCCAUUUGUAACAUCAAGUCGUUUAAUUCUAAUGUUACUGUACAUAGUUAUGCUUCAAAA